CCUGACGUCAGCAAUGCGGAAGGGCUGUGCGUUCCAGGGCGGCCUGGUUGUCACAGCGCGCUGGGGCUGAUGGAGUGGCUGCUGCCGGCGGGGAUCGGCUGUCUGCUCACCGUCCUGGUGCUGAGGAUAGCGCUGGUGCUGCGGGGGUCGGGAGAGCACAAACCCGGCAAGAAAGGCCAUGUCAGCCUGCUGGUAGUGGCCGGCUCUGGUGGACACACCACCGAAGUCCUGCGACUGCUCAGCGGCCUGUCCAAGUCCUACUACCCGACUCACUAUGUCCUGGCCGAGACGGAUAAGAUGAGUGAAGAGAAAAUUCAUUUAUUUGAAACCUCUAAGGAUAAGACCUCCGAAGAUCCACUGUAUACCAUCCAUCGCAUCCCCAGGAGCAGAGAAGUCCAACAGUCCUGGAGCUCGUCCUUUCUGACCACCCUCCAGUCCUUGUUUUAUUCCUUUCCAUUAACUUUUCGCUUGAAGCCGGAUGUGAUCUUAUGCAAUGGACCUGGAACAUGUAUCCCUGUGUGUUUCUCUGCACUUUUCCUUGGAGUUUUGGGGAUAAAGAAAAUCAUUAUUGUCUACGUGGAGAGUUUAUGUCGAGUAGAAACUCUGUCGCUGUCUGGAAAAAUCCUCUACCAUGUUGCAGACCAUUUCAUCAUCCAGUGGCCUCUACUGAAGGAAAAGUAUCCAAACGCCAUAUACAUGGGAAGAAUCGUUUGAUCGACCUCCCCAAAAUAUACUGUGUGGAGACCCGACAUGUUGAGUGCUUGUUACCUUCACUUUAUAAGGAUGUUCCAGUUUGUAUUAUACUUUGUAAUAAAAAGUCUCUUUGUAGACUA